UUCAAUUUUAAUUUUCUUCGUUUUUUUGAAAUUUUCGUUUUUUUCAAGUUUUUUAUUUUAUUUCUCUAGUUAUUGAUUUUUAAAAAAAUUCAUUUCCAUAUUUUUUUCAAUGUUGGUUUUCUUUUUUAAAUAUCAGUUUUAUUCCUUUAAUUAAUUCCCAUUUUUUAAAUUCUGACUUUAUUUUUUAAUUUGUUUCAUCUUUAAUUAUUUAUUUUCUUUAAUUUCCCCUUAAUUUUGAUUUCAAAUUAAUUUUAAUUGUGCUUAUUUUGAUUUCAUAUUCCAUGUUUUUUAAUUUCUGAUUUUUCCAUUUUCCUCCAUUGCCCCCCAAUCUUUCCCAAAUUUCCCCCAUCUGCCCUCAUUUUUCCCCAAUUUUUCCAAUACUCUGCAAUUUCCCCCCAUUUCCCCCAGAUUUUCCCCAUCCCACCAUGUUGUCCCAAUUUCCCCAUUCCCCCCAAAUUUUCUCCUACAUUUCCCUGAAAUUUCCCCAUUUGCCCCAGUUUUCACCCAUUUUUCCUCUGAUUUCCCCAAUUUCCCUCAAAUUGUCCCCAAUUUCACUCCAAUUUUCCCCCUAUUUUGCUCCCGUUUUCCCCAAAUUUCCUCAAUUUCCCUCCAAUCUCCCUCCACCCCCCUUCACCACCCUGCAUUUCCCACAGGUCCCAGAUGCACUGCAGGAAGUGACGGUCAUUUCCACCCCCACCGCUCUCCACCCUCCCCCGGGGCACCGCAGCCACCCACAGCUUCCCCCCACAGGGCCACAGGAGCGCAGUGGGGAGCCGUGGGUGCCCGAUAUGCUCAGCUCGGAGGAUGAGGAGCCCACGCAGCCGCUGCUGUGGGUUUGGGUCCGGAGGAGGAGGAGGUGGAGGAGCUUUCCCAACACGGAGAUGUCCUCUGGGUCCUCCUGCUCAGACGCCGAUGAUGGAUGGACAACCACAACAACAGAGGGUGCAUCCAUGGAGGAUGAUGGUGAUGAUGGUGACGAGGAAGAUGAGGACGAAGAUGGGACCAAAAUCAAGCCCCGCAGCAUUGCAUCAGGACGGAGAAGAACUGGCACCUCCUGCACCCAGUGUGGGAAAAGCUUCCGCCAUGCUGCGUCACUCCGACGGCACCGCCGCCUGCACCGCCGCAUGCAGCCGUCCCCAUGCACCCGCUGUGGCCGCGUGCUGAUGUGCAGCUCCGCCCUGGAGGACCACCAGAAGAAGCACUGCCGACCCCAGGCCCGGCACCGCUACUUUCCCUGCGCUGACUGCGGCAAGCAGCUCUCCUCCAAUGCCGCGCUCAUCACCCACCGCCGCAUCCACACCGGGGAGCGGCCCUAUGGCUGCCCCGACUGCGGGAAGCGCUUCAUGGCCAGUAAGUCACUGGGCAAGCACCGCAAGAGCCACUCGGAGGACGGCUUCUUUACCUGCCCUGACUGUGGCAAGAAGCUGACGUCCAAAGCCACGCUGCUCACCCACCGCCGCAUCCACAGCGGGGAGCGGCCCUAUGGCUGCCCCGACUGCGGGAAGCGCUUCAUGGCCAACAAAUCGCUCAGCAAGCACCGCAAGAGCCACAUGCUGCCGGGCAGCAAUGCCAGCAGUGCUGCAAACACAGCCUACGUGGCACAGCUCCACAUGCACCACAAUCAUGCACCAGAACUAAAUGCUAAAUACAGGCAGAGCUCAGCCCUCAGUGCAACACCUGCACAGCAGCACCGGCAGCACAAGGAUGUGAUGCCCCAUCACUGCCUGCAGUGCGGAGCUGCAUUCCGGCUGCAUUCGGCACUGCUGCUUCACCAGAAAAGCCACACGGUGCCACGGCCGCACACCUGCAGCGACUGCGGGAAGGCAUUCCGUGAAGCCGCCACGCUGCGCCGGCACCGCCGCAUCCACACUGGGGAGAAGCCAUACAGCUGCCAAUACUGCGGGAAGAGCUUCCGUGCCAGCUCCACGCUCAUCAUCCACCAGCGCAUCCACACCGGCGAGAAGCCGUACCCGUGUGGCAGCUGCACCAAGCGUUUUGUCUCCAGUUCAUCACUCAUGAAGCACCGCCGCACGCACCAGCGCCAAGCACCAUGAUGGGGUUGGUUGGUUCCCCCUCACCACAGGGCUCUGAGGGGCUCACAGCCCCCUCCCACAGAGCUCUGCCGUGUCCUGUUGCUGGCCCACAAUUUUAUGGCUUUCCCAACCAAGCCCAGUGAGGAUUUGUCUUUUCUUGGGGGGUUGGACUCCACUGGGUGGAGGGUGGAGGGAUUGGGGUGAUGGGACUCCAUUGGGAUGGAGGGAUUGCACUGGGUAGGGGAUGAUGGAGUCUAGGGUGGUGGGACCCCAUUGGGUUGGGGGAUGAUGGUGUUUGGGGUGGUGGGAUUCCAUUGGGAUGGAGGAUGAUGAAAUUUGGGAUGGCAGAAUUCCACUGAGCCCACUGAGUCCACUAAGUGGACUAUGAUGGGAUUUGGGUCAGUGGGAUCCACUGCAAUGGAGGUUGAUUGGGUUUAGGAUGAUGCUCAUGAAGCACCCCCGCAUGCACCAACACCAGGAGCCCUGAUGAGCUCACAGCCCUCUCCCCACAGAGCUCUGCUGUGUCCCCAUUGCUGGCCCACAGUUUUAUGGCUUUCCCAACAAAAUCCAGUGAGGAUUGGUCUUUUCUUAGGGGGUUCAACU